AAGAAAACCAAAGCUUGAAGGGAAAUUACUUUCCCAAAUUCUCUGCCAUCCUGGCAGGCCUUGUGUUGACUCUUCUCUGGGUCAUCGUGUCUCUGUACCUAAAAUGGCCCAAAAUCUUCCUGUGUGCUCCACAAGACAGGACACACAGUAGGAGCUUAAUAAAGGCUUUUGGAAAGAUGGACAGAUGGAGGAGGGGUGGAGGGAUGGUGGAAGGAUGAGUCUGUGGGCAGAUGGUAAGUGGCAAGCAGGUCAGGAGGGGACAUGACUCUGGGAGGGAGGUGACAGUCCUGAGCCCUCAUGCUCCCAUCUCCCCAGGUGUGUCUCCAGCUGUGGCCGCUAAAGCAGCCAAAUAUGGUGCCGCUGGCCUUGGAGGUGUCCUAGGGGUCACCAGGCCAUUCCCAGGUGCAGGAGUUGCAGCGAGACCUGGCCUCGGAUUGUCUCCCAUCUUCCCGGGUGCCGGAGCUGGGGGCCUGGGAGUUGGUGGCAAACCUCCCAAGCCCUACGGAGGGGCCCUGGGAGCCCUGGGAUUCCCAGGUGGGGCCUGCCUGGGGAAAGCCUGCGGCCGGAAGAGAAAGUGAGCUUCCCCGGACCCCUGACUCGCGACCUCAUCAACGUUGGUGCUACUGCUUGGUGGAGAAUGUACACCCUCUGUGACCCCACCCCAUGCCCUCCUAAGUCCCACCCGGGAGGGGACAGGGCAGGCCGGGCCGGGCGGACUUGGAAAUCCCCGGGGCAAGGAAACAAGAGACCGGUGGCCAAGCGGGCCCCAGGAGGCCCCCGACUUCAGAGGCGAGGGGUGGGGGGCUUGGCCCCCCUGCCCCCACCCCCUUCCCACCCAGGAGCUCCCCCUCCACACACUCUCCAUCUCCAGGGGACCUUGGUGCUACGUGCUGGUGCUCUCAUCUUCCUGGGGGAGGGAGGAGGGAAGGGCAGCCCCCGGGGAACCCCCUCCCUGGGGCUCCUCUGAAGAUGGUGCCGACACUUCCCAGGCAGCCCCACCUCCCGCUGCCCACCAGGACCCACCUCUGGCUGCGGUCCAGUUGGUACCCAAGCCCAGAAAGCCUCAAGCUGGGUUCGGUCACACCAUCUCUUGGCCCCCUUUGUUCCCUCUCCCCCACCAACUGCUCUUCCCCAUGUCUGGGGUACCUUCGUGGCAGAAGACCCCCAUCGGGAAUAGUCCCCUUGCUCUUGUGGAACCCAUCCGCCCAUCAGUCCAUCCGUCCAUCCAUCCUUGUCCCCAGUUGACCGCCUGGCACCACUAGCUGGCCAGGCGCCCCCACCAUCAACCUGGUUGACCUGUCAUGGCAGCCUGUGCCCUGCCUCCGCCCACCACACACACGCCUAAGAAGGGGCCCUGAGCCCAGGGUGUGAGGGGCUAGGGUGGCAGGAAUCUCCUCCCCCAACCUGGGUCUCCCCCCACGCAGUACUGUAUCCCCAGUCCCUCCCUCGAGCCACUGUACUUCAGAGCAUUUACCCCCUGCCCUGCCCUGCCCAUCUCUUUGUGUCUCGCUGUGAUAGAUCAAUAAAUAUUUUAUUUUUUGUCCUGGA